AUGGAUUUCAACCUGCUGGCAGACACGGAGGCUCGCAGCCCAGCCUUGUCUCUCUCGGACUCUGGAACCCCUCAACACGAGCACAGCUGCAAAGGCCAGGACCACAGCGACACCGAGAAGUCCCAGCAAAACCAGACUGACGACUCCAACCCUGAAGACGGCUCGCUCAAGAAGAAGCAGCGGAGGCAGAGGACGCACUUCACCAGCCAGCAGCUCCAGGAGCUGGAAGCCACUUUCCAGAGAAACCGAUACCCAGACAUGAGCACCAGGGAGGAGAUUGCAGUCUGGACCAACCUGACGGAGGCACGAGUCCGGGUCUGGUUCAAAAACCGCAGAGCUAAGUGGAGGAAACGGGAGAGGAACCAACAGGCCGAACUGUGCAAGAACAGCUUCGGAGCCCAGUUCAACGGACUGAUGCAGCCUUACGACGACAUGUAUUCCAGCUAUUCCUACAACAACUGGGCCACCAAGGGGCUCGCUACCAGCCCGCUCUCCGCCAAGAGCUUCCCGUUCUUCAACUCCAUGAACGUCAGUCCCCUCUCCUCCCAGCCCAUGUUCUCCCCACCCAGCUCCAUCGCGUCGAUGACCAUGCCUUCAUCCAUGGUCCCUUCCGCGGUGACCGGAGUACCGGCCUCCAGCCUCAACAACCUGGGAAACAUAAACAACCUGAACAGCCCGAGCCUCAACUCUGCUGUCUCAUCCAGUGCCUGUCCUUACGCCUCAACAGCCAGCCCCUACAUGUACAGGGACACAUGCAACUCCAGCCUGGCCAGCCUGCGGCUGAAGGCCAAGCAGCACGCUAACUUCACCUACCCAGCGGUGCAGACGGCAGCUUCCAAUCUGAGCCCUUGCCAAUAUGCCGUGGACAGGCCUGUAUGA